GGAUCUUUUAGCUGCUAAUAGAGCCAGGCGUCUGUCUAGGACUUUAACUCCCUGAAUCCCGCAGAGCCGCUUGUACAAAAGGUCGAUGUGUCAUUUGUCUCCAUAAAGCAUCAUUCCUUGUAUCACAUCCGAAGCUCUCCAGCCCUCAGGCACUGUCACAGCAGAAGCAUGGCCAUCUCAUCACGCCUUGCAUUGUGGGAGCAAAAGAUCAGGGAAGAAGACCGGAGUCCGCCCCCUUCCUCGCCACCUCCGCUUUUCUCAGUGAUUCCUGGGGGGUUCAUCAAACAGCUUGUUCGGGAAACAGAGAAAGAAUCCAAGGUAGCUAAACGGAAAGAGAAAGGCACCUUGAACUCCAAAGAAGACCCUCCUGGGAAGCACGACAACAGCCAUGAGCAGCAGUUUGUGAUAAAGGAUGAGAACAUCCUUGAAGUAGGAGGAGAAAUGGCAAGUGAAGGGCAAUUGCUGCAGAACGGCCUGAACGGAGAGCAGCACGAAGGGGAAGUGACAGCGGAAGUUGCACCGAGAAAGCCUCUUCCCUUCAAGAGAAUCGUGAAGAGGAGCAACAUCGCGAAAGCCACCUCCCCGGCACCUGAAAAGACAGCAGCCACUCCCAAACCAGGGGAGACAAUCCCACCAGUUGAGUCCAAGGUUGCCAAACCUCCAUGUCCUGAGCAGAGCUCUAAGGAACAAAGUAAAGGGGAAAAUGCCCCUGCUGGUGCUCCAACAACUGGUAAGGAUUUUCAGCGCCACCGUGAAGAUCCUGCAAAGGAGGGCGACGCACUGAGGAGAAAACGUCCUGAAAGUUCAGGGAAAGAGAAGGUGGUAACGAAGAAGCGGCGGGAGCCCCAAAUCAAGGCCGAAAUCAAGAAGGGGCAAGGGGAGAUUAAGGAGAAGCCAGGGAAAAUCAAGGAAGAACCAGUGGAAAUCAAGGAGGAACAAGGGGAGAUCAAGGAGAAGCCAGGGAAGGUCAAGGAGGAACCAGUGGAAAUCAAGGAGGAACAAGGGGAGGUCAAGAAGAAGCCUAGAGAAAUCGAGGAGGAACCAGUGGAAAAUAAGAAGGAGUCUGGAGAAAUCAAGGAGCCAGGGGAAAGCACAGUCUCAGACAAGGUUCAUGCCGACGUGUGGUAUGAAACAGAGAAAGUUUGGCUUGUCCAGAAAGAUGGAUUUACUCUCGCUACCGUGCUGAAGCCGGAUGUGGGGACCCCGGAGCUGCCAGUUGGGAGGGUGAGGAUUCGCUUAGAAGCUGACGACACUGUCACUGAGGUGGAUGAGGAGGAUAUUCACUGGACCAAUCCCUCCAAACUGGAUUACACGGAAGAUCUUGCUGCACUUCUCAGUCUGAAUGAAUCGAGUGUCAUUAACACACUCCAGCACCGGUACCAGUCCCAGCUCUGCAACACUUAUGCAGGGCCCUGCCUGAUUGCACUCAAGCCCAGCUGGGCCACUACUAACUACUCAGGAAAGGUGUUCAAAGGGAAGCGAGACAACAUGCCCCCUCACAUCUGCUCCGUGGCACAGAGCGCCUACUGGAGCCUGCUCAUGCACCGGCAGGACCAGGCAAUUGUGCCCUUGGGGAGAAGCGGUGCCGGGAAAACAACCUGCUGCCAGAGCGCUCUGGAAUACCUGGUGGGCGCCGCCCGCAGCGUGGACAACAGAGUCUCAGUGGAGAAGAUUCAGGCCAUGUUCACAAUCCUCAAAGCCUUUGGGACAGUGACCACCUGUUACAAUGGCGCCUCCACUCGCUUCUCCAUGGUCAUGUCGCUGGAUUUCAACGCCACAGGCCGAAUAACAGCCGCUCACCUCCAGACGAUGCUGUUGGAAAGGGUCCGUGUCGCACAGCAACCCGAAGGAGAGAGCAACUUCAGUGUCUUUUCUCAGAUGCUGGCAGGCCUGGACAUGGCUCACAGGACGAUGCUGCACUUGCACCAGACAGCCGAGAGCAACUCCUUUGGAAUCGGGCCGUGUUCGAAGACUGAAGAGAAGCAGAAGGCUUCUGUGGCAUUUGCCCAGCUUCAAGCUGCUAUGGAGACUUUGGGAAUCACGGUGGAUGAGCAGACGGCCAUUUGGCGUGUGUUAGCAGGGAUCUAUCACCUGGGAGCUGCAGGGGCAUGUAAAGUUGGCAGGAAGCAGUUCAUGAAAUUUGAGUGGGCUAACAAUGCUGCAGAUGUACUGGGCUGCGAUUUUGAGGAGCUCACAACAGCGGUCUUCAAGCACCAUCUGAAACAGAUAAUAGAACAGGUCACAUCUGGAACGAGUCGGCUGAGCAAAGAUGAGGAACGAAAUGCUGGGCCCAAGAUGACGGGGGUGGAAUGUGUGGAGGGGAUGGCUGCAGGUCUCUAUGAAGAGCUGUUUGCUGCUGUUGUCUCUCUGAUCAACAGGUCUUUUUCAUCCAGCCACCUCUCCAUGGCUUCCAUCAUGGUGGUGGACACCCCUGGUUUCCACAACCCUCGACACCAGAAGAAGGAGCGAGCAGCUACUUUUGAAGAACUUUGUCACAACUAUGUGCAUGAGCAGCUGCAGACCCUGUUCUACAAGAGAACGUUCAUGUCCGAGCUGGAGAGGUACAGGGAGGAAAAUGUCGAGGUGCCUUUUGAUCUGCCAGAGCUCUCUCCGAUGGCCACGGUGUCUGUCAUCGAUCAGAACUCCUCACAGCUGCAGGUGCCGCCUGGGGGCCAGGCGGAAGAGCCCAAGGGCUUGCUCUGGAUCCUGGACGAGGAGGUUCUGAUUCCGGGCUCCAGCGACAGCGUGGUGCUCAACCGCCUGUGCUCGUACUUUGCCAAGAAGGGCACAGAGAGUGAGGAGGAAGGCUUCCUUCGCAAGUGUGAGCAGAUGCUGCAGUUUGAGAUCUUCCACCAACUGGGCAAAGAUCCCGUUCGCUACGAUCUCACUGGCUGGAUGAAUAAAGCCAAGCUGAACCUGUCAGCCCAAAACUCCAUUCAAGUCCUGCAGCAAUCCAAAAUAGAUGCUCUGAAGAAGCUGUUUCUGCCUCGGUCCAAAAUGCCCCUGAUUUGCCGAUCAGUGGCAGGUCUGGAGGGAAAUUCCCAGCAAGCUUUGCAGCGUACGGGUUGUGUGAGGAAGACCUUCACCAGCAGCUUGGCAGCUGUGAAGAAGAAAUCUGUGUGUGCUCAGAUCAAACUUCAGAUGGAUGCUCUCGCAAACCUGGUAAAACGAUCCCAGAUACACUUUGUCCAUUGUCUUGUUCCAAGAGUGGGAGCAGAUGGCGCAGAAGGGAAGCCCUCCCAGCCCUGCAUCACAGGAGAAGUAGAGCUGACUUUGGACGUACCAACCCUGAGAGUUCAGUUGUCUGGGGCCCAGCUAUUAGAUGCAUUACGCCUGUACAGGAUCGGUUACGUGGAUCGCAUGGUGCUGACUCAGUUCCGACGCCGCUUCCAGGUGCUGGCUCAGCCAGUGAUGAAGAAAUACACAUCAGCAUAUGAAAUACCAGAUGAGAAUAAGGCAAUAGAAGAGCUCUUCCAGGUACUUGAUCUGGAAAAGAAAAGUGUAGCAGUGGGACACAGUCAGGUUUUCCUGAAGCCGGGCGUAGUCUCUAGGCUGGAGAAGCAGCGGGAGAAGCUGAUAUCCCAGAACAUGAUUCUGCUCCAGGCAGCUUGCAAGGGCUUCCUCUCCCGCCAGAAAUUCAAGAGAUUAAAGAUUCAGCGCUUAGCCAUUCGGUGCAUCCAGAAGAAUCUGGCGGUGUUCCACAUGGUGAAGGACUGGCCAUGGUGGCAGCUGAUGAGCUGUGUUCGGCCGUUGCUUAGUGUGAACAUAGUGGAAGACCAGCUCCGAGUCAAAGACGAGGAGCUUGCAGCACUAAGAAGAAAGCUCGAAAAAUCAGAGCAGUCACGUAGUGAACUUCGGCAGAACACAGAACUGUUGGAAAGCAAGAUCUUAGACUUGACAACCGAACUCUCAGACGAGCGGUUCAAAGGCGAAGCGGCCUGCCAGGUCCUAGAAGGUGAACGGGCUGAGCGGCUCCGGGGGUCACGAGAGAUAAAAGAACUGCAGAGUAAAUACGACCAAGUGCAGAAGAAAUUGGAGUCCGUGGACAAGCAGCUGGAAGAAGCUCAGCAGCAAAUUCAGUUGCGUGAAAUUGGGAUAAGUGGCGCUGCUGGAGAUGAGGAGUGGCAGAUGCGAUUUGACUGUGCUCAGACGGAAAUCACGUUUCUCCAAAAACGCCUUGCACAGCUUGAAGAGAGGCUGGAGUCUGAACUGAACUGUAGGGAAGAGCUGGAGCGAAAGCUCGGUGAGGUGCAAAGCACCUAUGAGGGUGCCAAGAAGGUGGCACAGCAGAUGAAGAGGAAGUGCAAACACUUGACCUGUGAUCUGGAGGACACACGGGUCCUGAUGGAAAGUCUGCAGAGCCGCAAUCAUGAACUGGAGAAGAAACAGAAAAAGUUUGACAUGCAGCUAGCCCAGGCCUUGGGAGAGUCAGCGUUUGAAAAGAGCCUUCGUGAAAAAGUGACCCAGGAGAACACCACCAUCAGAUGGGAGCUGGGUAAACUUCAGCGGAGGUUAGAGCAAAAGGACCUGGAAACUUCUAAUCUGAAUCAGCGAAUUGCAGUGCUGGCCACCCGCGUGCAGGAGCUCACCGCCCCGGAGGCCUGGGACGGGGAUGCUGUGGCUACCCUAAGGAAGAAGCUUUGGGAGCUUGAGUCCAGUGCUGCUGAACAGCAAAAAGAACUGAGCCGACAUGCGAAUGCUGUUGAGCAGCUGGAACAGCUCCACAUGCGGCUUGAACUGGAAAUCGAACGGAUGAAGCAGAUGCAGCAGAAGGAGCUGGAAGACAAGGAAGAGGAGCUAGAGGAUGUCCGCCAGUCCUGUCAGAGGAGGCUUCGUCAACUGGAGAUGCAGUUGGAGCAGGAAUUUGAGGAGAAGCAGAUGGUGCUCCAUGAGAAGCAGGAUCUGGAAGGGCUCAUUGGGACCCUCUGUGAGCAGAUUGGUCAUCGGGACUUCGACGUAGAAAAGCGGCUUCGGCGGGACCUGAAGAGGACACACGCUCUGCUUGCAGAUGUGCAGCUCCUGCUGGUGACAGCGGGAGAGCCCAGUCCGUCUGUCAGCAAAGAGGAGCUCGAGAAAGUUCGCAGUCAGUGGGAAGAGAGCAAAGCCCAAUGUGCAGAGGCCCAGAAGUCCCAGAAGGCUCUGGCUCUGGAGUUGGAGAACCUGCACAUGGAGCUGGAGACGAUCAGCAGGAACAAGAACCUGGUUGAUGAGCACCUAUAUCAGCUGCAACACGAGAAAGCUGAUCUCCUGAAACGCAUUGAUGAGGACCAGGAGGAUCUGAAUGAACUUAUGACAAAGCACAAGGCUCUGAUUGCACAGUCUGCAGUGGACAUUACUCAGAUUCGAGAGCUACAGACGCAGCUGGAGGAAGUGAAGAAAGAGAAACAAAGUCUUCAAGAGAAACUGCAGGUGGCUCAGGCCCGGAUUGCUUACGUGGAGCAGUCGAUGGUCGAACGCUCAAUCGUCAGUCGACAGGAAGCGCUGAUCUGCGAUCUGGAGAACAAGCUGGAGUUUCAGAGUGUGCAGAUCAAGAGGUUCGAGAUGCUUGUCCUUCGGUUGCGAGACAGUGUAAUAAAGAUGGGUGAGGAGUUGGAGAAGGCCGCAGAGUCGGAGGCUCGAGAGAAGGAGAACACCAAGUAUUACCAGAUGCGCAUGGAGGAGAUGAAAGCAGAUAUGAAUGAGCUGGUGCAGAGAGAAUUGGAAGCCAGUCACAGGCGUAUGGAGCUGGAGAAGCAGGUGGAUGAGCUGUCUGCAGUGAGGCAGACCUUGCAAGCUGACCUGGAAACCUCGAUCAGGCGCAUUGCGGAUCUGCAGGUCGCCCUCGAAGAGGUGCAGUCCAGUGAUGAAAGUGAUACAGAAAGGGACAAUCAGUCUAGCUUAGGCUCCACUCUGAGUCUGGAGCCAGAAGAAAGCAUCAAAUCCUGGAUGGGGUCUUCAGUGGGCUGGUCAUCACCUUCAGGUCCCAGUGUGGCUGGAAGUCUCUCAAGGCAAUCCCUGGGCAGCCGCAGCACCCCGAGCCUGAGGAUGAACAAAGAAAUCAAAGAUCAAGAAAUGAACCGACCAGCUUCUGCACUGAGUGCUCGGAGAGGGGAAUACGGAAGACCUAUGGGUGAGGCAGAUUUUGGCAAGGAUGUGAGCCAUUUAGUUGGCACUCAAAGACGGGAAUUUGGAAGAAUUGCGGAUAAGGAGAUUGACAGUCAGAAAAAAGCUAUGGAUAAAUUAGGAGCUAUAUCUCCAUCUGUGAUGAGAAGGAGGUCAUCUCCUACAGCAGAAGAGACGUUUCCAAGCUCUUCAUCUGCACUUUCUGAAUAUGUAGAAGAGCUGAGGAGGAAAAGGGCAACAGAGAAAGUGCAGGGAACUUUAGGGUUAGAGGACACCUCUCCCCUGCCAAUCUACCAAACAACUGGUGCCUCCUCCCUGAGAAGAUGCAGGACUUUCAAAGAGGAUGAUGAGUUCCCAAUAAAGUUUGGAGUCCAUGAACGUACAGAAAGUGAAGGAGUGCCUGCAGGAGCUAGCCUAGUGCGUUCAUCCAGUUUAAAAUGCAUAUCAUCUGAGAACACAGAGCCAGCGCGCUCCCCAGCUCUCAGAAGAAUAUCGAAGUUUGGCUCCUGUGACUCACUCUUACAAAAUAUUGAUAAUUCCUGCUUGACGCUGAGUUCACCAGCUGUGGGAGCAGAUGCGUUCAAUCCAUCGAGACUUAAGCCAUGGAGAAGUUACCUUGAGCCAUCAUUAGAUGACACAGCCAGUGCUGAUCUGGGGAAAGAUUCUCUGGUAUUUCAGAGUAAGCAAUUCAGUGAUGUUAUGGCUGCAGGAAAGGAAAGCGACCCGUUCACUUGGAAAAUACCAACUCUCAACUAUGAAAGGAGAACAAAUGUUGAUUUUGAUGACUUCCUUCCAGCAAUUCGAAAAUCCCAGUCAACAAGCAGUUUGUCCAGACCUGUCAAGGACAGGAGAGAAGGCCAGAGGCCAAUGAGCGUUCAUUUUGAAGACCAGGAUUCGGCAGACAGCACUUUUUUGUCUGAAAUAAAGACCAUUUCAAAGGCCAAAGAGGACACUGGAAACCUCUCUGACUCAUCUUCAUCCUCUGGCUCGAUCGUUUCUUUUAAAAGUGCUGACAGCGUCAAGAGCCGACCAAAGAUUCAAAGGCCAGAAGGUGAAGGAUGUGCCGGAAAACUGAUCAUUGAAGGUGCUAAAGAUGAAAGCCGAUGGGAGGCAGAAGGAAAAGAAGAUGAUGUAAAUAGCAUUAUGAUGAAAUAUCUAGGAAAAGAUUAAGGUAAACUUGCCGAUAUACUAACCACGACCCGUCUGUACGGUUCACUUAGGCCGGCUGUUAUAGGUUUGCUCUUUGUGCCGCUGAGCUAGAGGCUCUGCCAGCAUUUCCACUGCAAAUUCUUCUCUCCAGAGGCUUCUGGUCUGGAAUAGCCUAAUCCUGGCUAAGAAGCCAAACUCUGACCAGAAUCUACCCUUUUACUUGGCUUUAUUGAUAAAUAGUAUUAACAUAAUGAAUAAUCAUCCCUUGGCAGUCCCUCCAUACCAAAUUAGGGCUACAUUCUGGCCAGAGCAGAAGUAGCCCCAAGACAGCAUACGCCUCCCCUCCCCCAUGUGCUGCUGCUGCUCCAGGGGCCAGUGUGCAGAAGGGAGGGACCAUUUGCAGGGCGUGGAGAGAGCAGGGUGUGCAGCUGCCCUGCGCACACGGAGUGCCAUUGCGCUUGGCCCUGACGCAGGCUGUACAAGGGAUAAAGGGAGGCUCCUUGCCCUUUCCUGACCCUUGGACAGCACACAGACCAGGCAGGAUCUGGUCCCAAGUGAGCAGUUUAAGAAUCCGGCCAGAGGAGGAAGUGUCCCGCCCAGGAAGUGACGGCUCUGACAGCAUUAGAUGCAGGGAGCCCAAUUCCCCAUUGACACCAGCGCACGGUGGGCAUGAAGCACCAUUUGGAGCUAGCUGCGUUUUACACCCACUUUGCACUGCUGUCAGUGAUGGGAGAGCAAGGGAGUCUCUUCCGAACAGACUGCUUUGAGCCUCACCUAGCCCCUCGCCCUUACCUAUUUACUGGAAUCGCCUCACCUAGCUCUUCUCGCAUUGAAUUACAUCGAGGGGCUCUGGAACAUUUUGAAACUGCAUCUCUACCGGUUUAUUAAUCUAAAACAUUGAUGAGCCUGGGCCCCGAAACUCUCCCCUCCAGAGAAGGUAGGUUUUGCUUCUAGUCACUCUCACAUCCUGUAUUCAGCGUUUGAUUCUGACAACCAGUUGGAUACAAUUCUCUUACUGCCUUUGAUGCUUCCAGAAUUAAGAUUUAUUACUACAAUCCAGGUUUGAAAGCAAACUCCCUAAUGAAUGCAUCAUAACCGGAACUGUGUUUAAAAUAGAUUAGAAAAAUGUUUUGUAAAAAUGCAGCCUUUAGACAAACUUAUUGGAUGUCAAGCUGUGACCAAAUCUGCUAAACCAACACAGGAGCAGAGGACGCCUUAAUAAAAUAUUUCUUUAUGGGAAGCUGCAUUUGCAUAAUAAGAUGUCCCACUUUCCCCCAGACCUCAUUUUAAUAAAGUAAGUGGCGUCUAUAAACUAUAAAGCCCAGUGACAUCAACCAGCUGAAAAAGCAUGCCCUUUGCUCGGAAAUGAGAGUAGGAGUGCCCAAAAGGAGCAAUGUCACUGAACUGAACAAGCCCUCGGUGCUGUGAGCUAGCACAGAAAGGACAGAUGUUUGUUCGCAUUAGGAAACUCUAUAGAAUAACCAGUGAGUGGCUCUCAGGAUUGCCAGCCCCAGGCGGGAGUCAGCCUCUCCGAGCAGAAUGUGGCAUCAGUAGCUGCAGUUACAUUUCAGCUGGUAGCUUGAGAAUUGUUCUGUCCUGAGUGCCACGGUAUGAACCAUGUCACUGAACAUGCCUCCUCAUACAUCUUUUUCAUUUUGUAGUUUCCAGAAGUUGAGGCCUUAUUUAAAGCAUUCAUAAUUUCGUGGUUAUUAGAACAUAGAUACGUAGGUGGCUUUCAUUGGUUCCUUCUUGUCUGGAGAAUGCUAUGCUUUCUGACCAAAAGACAAUGAUACGAGAGACAGAGAUUCGAUGUACACUAUCAUGGGAAGCUGUGGUUCUGACCUCUGCUUGCUUUAUACAAAAUAAAAUAUUUGCUUCUUUGA